AUGCAAGCAACUGACCGGACUAAGAUGGAUAUUGAUGUGUUGAAGAGCGGUUAUAUUGCAUUGUUCGGGAAUUCGGAGCAAAACAGUUCCAUUACAAGUUGCCUAAAGAAUUUCAGUUCCACUGAGACCUUAAAGGCUGAGGAUAAGUUUUUCUAUGAUAAGUGCUGCAGUUUGCAGGAAGCACAAAAGAGGAUGAAGAUCAAGAAACAACCACAUAUUCUAAUGAUACAUUUGAAACGCUUCAAAUACAUGGAGCAGCUGAGAAGGUACAAGAAGUUGUCAUAUCGUGUUGUGUUUCCCCUUGAGCUGAAGCUAACAAACACCAUGGAAGAUGUUGAUUGUGAGUACUCUUUGUUCGCGAUGGUGGUCCAUGUUGGCAGUGGGCCAACCAUGUGCAUUAUAACAUUUUGGGUUAGGCCCAGGAGUAUGCAAGCAACACUCGACGGACCUGUUUUGUUUACAUGGCGUCUAUUGGUGGUACCCAGUCCACCACCCAUUUAUAAUUUAAAGCCAAGUUCAACACAUGGUGGAUUCACAGUCUUCACAGUCCGCUACCUUAUCAAUUUGGCUGAAUCUACCUCUCUACUAUUAUCUAUUGGGGUCGAUGGUUAUCCGUUAUGUCACCGGUCCGGUCGUUCGGUGGUCACCUAUGUUGAGAAGAGCGAUAUCUGCUUGAGGCGGCAACGGGAGAGGUGGUGGAAGACCUUGGUCGAUUGGUGUUCGUCUCUCUCCAAAUCUGUGUGUCAUCCACUUCAAAUUUUGCCAUUGCUUCCUCCUCUUGUUCCGCCAUCGGAGCUUACCAAAAAGAUCAAAGAAAACGAGUCAGAUGGAAAUUAG